AUGCAAGGUUUUCAUGUGCAGAAAAAUAUGUUUAUUCAGAAAAAUAAAGAGGCACAGGACGUAACAGAAAUGUUUUUGAAAAGUUUGAGAAUAUCAGUUUUGAAUCGUAUGACAGUGCAACGUCGUAUUGUUGAUUUGUCGGGUGAUAUAGUAGACCAGUUGAAGGAGAAAAGUAAACAAUUUGUGUACUUCUCCCUAGCCACUGAUGAAUCUACUGAUGUUACAUCUACGGCUCAGCUACUUGUAUUUGUACGUGGUGUGACAGAGGACUUUUCUAUUCAUGAGGAACUCGUAGGGCUCAGUUCAUUGAAGGGGCAGACAACUGGUAGUGAUUUACUUAAUGGACUUUUAGAACAAAUUUCAGUAAUUGAGUUAGAUUUGGACAAGUUAGUAGGAAUAUCAACUGAUGGGGCUCCUGCAAUGAUAGGCAAGCAGAAUGGAUUGGUGCAGCUAUUGAUUUAA